AAUCUCUCUCUCCCAGUUCUCUCUGAGGCCGUGGGCCGGAGUUGAACCCCGUGGACUUUGCCCCGCGCCACUGCGCCGCGUUCAGGCGCCAUCCACGCGCCCUGCCAGACUCACUCCACUGCUGGAGCGAACGCCUCUGGCCCCCAACUCUGUCGUCGUGUCACGGGGUUUGGCGUCUGGUUUGUUUAACUUCUUUGCUGCCUGUGAAACCGGAGCCCCUCACUUCGGCAGGUAGGAGGAGGGAGGCGUCGAUGAGUGAAGCUCACGCGAACCGCUUCCACGUUUUGGCCAUACUUCACCACGCGGGUGUCUGUACCGCACACGAACCACUAUGUAUCAUCCACGUGUCCAUUAUGCCAUGUGUUUUGGUUAUUUAACACGCUUCGGCGAGUUGAUUUACGAUGAAAUCGUUACGAAAUCUCUCGUGAAAUGUAACAUACCCACGGAUUGUAAACGUGGUUAUUGGCAAAAGAAAAUUAAACGAAGCUAAGAAGUGCGCCAAAAAACAGGUCACGGUGGAAAGGUUGGACGCUUGGAUCGAACCCCAAGAUAUAGAAAGAUGAACACCGAUUGGAGAAGCUUCGCCACGCGACGAACCAUGCAAGUUGUGGGCCUUGGGGCAGCGCUCCUCAAGGCUGGACGGGUGAUGGUCGAGACUCACGGCGGACGGCAGUCAAAGGAGAUGAGAACUUCCAACGGGACACCGUUCGUCGUGCAUCACGGACCGAUGAAAUAUGCCCUUCCGUCGGCGCCAGUUUGCAUUGCUGCAUCACACGGCCGUGAGAGAUGGUGACAACUUGGAGAGAGGCCUUCAUCCAGCAGUGGAUAUAUCGUGGCUGCUGUUUGGUUACGGUUAUGCAGGAGUUUAACAUUUAACAAGGAGGGCAGUAUGACAGGUUAGGGUUAUUGGGAGAAGGGGAAAGAACAAUAAAAAAUAUUAUUUUACCAGGUAGGGCCCACUGACCUAAAAGCUCUUUUUAAACAGAGACCUGGCCACAAAUGACAGCUCAACGCAAUGGCUGAUCAGCCAAAGACUCAGCCAAAAGCACGCGAUGUUUCUAAAUAUGGAGGAAAAAACCAGAGGGCCGGGAGAAAAAUCCACCCGACCACAGGGAGAGAGACAUGCAAAUUCCAAAUAAACAGGUAUCGUCACGGUCGGGAUCUAACCCACGACCUCCUGUAUACCAGGCGAGGGAGUUAACAUCUCACCACCGUGGCUGGCCCUAAUCCAUAGAUGACCAAAUCGGUGUCCGCUCCCAAGAUCCGAGGUUAACACCACAGUUCACAGUGCAGUAGAGAUAACGAGACCAGCUGUCAUCGGCAUCAGCCAUGAUCAAUCCACUGGUCGAUGCGAUGCAACAGUCUGGCACCUGCACACGAGCUGAUCCCAUCGCUGAGUCUCCUCGGUGGACGUCCUGUCGGGUGCGUUUUCUCCUUUGGCUGCCUCCCCCUGCGUUGGCCUCAGCCGCCAGGUAUCUUCCCCUCUGGCCAUGGCGCGUCAGGCCCAAGCCCACUUCACUUUUAUCCAUAGUCAAAAUGUGAUGUCUCUGAUUUGCAUUAUGUUCUCUAAUUCUUGUGUUCCUCUUUCUGUCACUUUGUGUCAUUCAAAGAAUAGUAAAUUCACACGAAAUGAUACAUUCCUUGGACGAGCAAGGCAUUCCACGAAUCGCCCUGGUCUGUGCUAGUCUGUGGGUCUCUCUCCGAGUCUGAGAAUCUGGAGCUCAACUGGUGACCGGGCUUGGACAAUGAAAAUCACUGCACUUGAGCUCAGCUUUGUCAAAACCUCCGAUUAGCACGGUUGGCUACGUAUGGUGCGAUAGAAGUUCAGGACACAUACAUACAACUCAGUCUAGCUAUGUGUCGUGGUAAUUGGCCACUAUCCACUGCUGGAUGAAGACAUACUGGAUAUCUGUGAAAAAAUAGCUUUAUAGCUCAUUUAAUUUCUCCAGUUUCAAUGAAUAUGAUUCUGAAUUUGUCCCCAUCUCUCACGGCCCUACAAUUCAACAAUCCAAAUUGGCGCCCGCACGCGAGUAGAUUUCAACGCAAAUGACUCAAUUGGGAUUUCAUGUGGCAAUCAUCGCCCCCUUUCUGCGUAAAUUUGGCCGGACACUAAGGAAAAAAUACAGUCGUCAUACUUAGUGAGGCUUUCCUAGAGUAUGCAAGAAUAAUAAUCAUAAAUGUACGUCUAUAGGUCUCUACGGGAGUCUUUGGAUCUCUGUGCAAGUCUCUGGGCUUCUCUUACCGAAGGGUGAUGGCACGCGCAUGCUUGUAAUCCAGCUCUAUGGAGUCGAGGGUCUGUGGAUCGCACAAAUGGCGUGAAGUUCCCCUUCCCGUGGACAUCGAAGCACCACAACCCUGGCUUUGUAAGAGAAGGUAGCACAUAAAAUGUGGACUCUGCCUGUGUCCAGUUGCAUAGGAUGGAGCAAUUCCCCCCUGGAAUGUGUGGGGCUUUCUCCAGGUACUCCGGUACCCCCCCUUCCCCACAGGAAAGCACAAGGCAAUUUGGCACAGGCUCGUCGCAUGGCUGCCUCUGCACUUGUCUGUGGGUCCCCCCGCACCUCCUGGUGGUUCUCUCUGUUGGGGAGAGCGAGUGAAUGCUGCGGUGACCCGUUAGGAGUUGGAACUGUGAUUGUUGCUGUUGACGCGAGUUUAAAUUUCUACGCGAGUCCAUGGUCUCUACUACGCAAGUCACCGGUGGCGAGGGGGGGCUCUUAUGUCUUUCUUGACCAGCCUGAGAUUUUCAACUCCACUCACUGGGGAACCCAUUUUUAAUCAAAGGGUUGGGCAGUUGAAAUGUGACACCCCUCCCCCCAACUUUGGACCCUGGAUCUUAUCAGCUCUGGCUCAGCAUCUCUGGGCACCGGAGCCCCCCUUCGAGUUUAGCACGUGACCUCACCGUUUGGGAAUGUUUGAGGGGGGUGUGGUGGGUGGGGGGGAGACCCGGAAAAACAACAAAACCUCCGCCCCCCACUCUAGCAAAUCGAGUCGCCGUAUUUUAUUUUAGCCAGAGGCUCGCUCUGGUCAAGGGAAAGCUGUGGAGGUCUAGUGCAGUCUUGGUCUGUGGAUUUCAUAUGAUCAGCUGAGCCAAUCGGUGAACGUAUAUUGUGCAGCCAAUUACCAUUGCCGGUCUUCCUCAAUGCAAACACGUGUUGAAUGACCACAUUGCAGGUCACGCACAACUCGCCUACGCACUCACACACUCACUCACCCACUCAACUACCACACUGCAGAUCACUACAACACUCUCACUCAUCCGCUCACUCGCUCGCCACCCUGCAGGUCGACGAGAUCCAGGUGCGCUGCCUGGAGUUGUUCUCGCGCGACUACGUCUGCGCCUGGCUGGAGAAUGCAGGCGGCGAGCUGUGCGGCCACUACCCGCUGCACGUUGCGCUGCUCGAGUACGAGACGCACGCCGGGCGCCACAACGAGCGCUUUGAGAGCGUGCUGGAGGUGCAGCGCCUGCGGGAGCUCGUGACGAAGAGCAAGAUGGCGCGGUGCCGCGGCCGCUUCGUGUGCCCUGUCAUCCUCUACGGCGGCAAGCACAUUUGCCGAUCCUCUACACUUGCCGGGUGGGGCGAGAUCUACGGACGCAGCAGCUACAACUACCUCUUCUCUACGGGGGGCGUCGACGACGGCGGUGGCGGCGGCGGAGGGGGAGGGGUGGACGGAGACGGGGGAGGGGGCGGCGUAGGGAGCAACGACGAAGCCUGGCUCAGGAAUGGCCGGGAGUCCCAGCUGUUUAACCGCAUCCGGGGAAACGACAUCAAGCUGCUCAAGCACCUGGGAGUGCGCUUCAUCUGCGACUUAAUGGUGGAGAACAAGAAGGUGAAGUUCGGCAUGAACGUCACGUCGUCGGAGAAGGUGGACAAGGCUCAGCGUUACGCCGACUUCACCCUUCUAUCCCUGCCCUAUCCCGGCUGCGAGUUCUUCAAGGCCUACCGAGAGCGGGAUUACUCGGGCGAGGGACUCGUGUUCGACUGGAGUCAGGACUAUGUGGACGCUCCGCUCAGCGUCCCCGAGGAGCUCAGGGAGGGGCUGCCCAUCAACUGGGGUGGAUACAGGUCAUGGGACCUGAUGGAGCAGACUCAAAACUACCUGCGCCUCCUGCUGCACAUCAUCAACCUGGACGACGAGAGUGGGCUCCUGGUUCACUGCAUCUCGGGCUGGGACCGCACGCCGCUCUUCAUCUCCCUCCUGAGACUCUCCCUGUGGGCCGACGGACUGGUCCACGCAUCCCUGGGGCCCGAGGAAAUCCUCUACCUCACCAUCGCCUACGACUGGUUCCUCUUCGGGCACAUGCUCGAGGACCGGCUCCUUAAGGGCGAGGAGAUUUUCUUCUUCUGCUUCAACUGCUUGAAGCACAUCUCCGGCGACGAGUUUUCAGCUCUGCGGAGAAAACGGAGAAAGCGGGAGUCCUCACGGGAAACGGAGGGACGUAGUGACGACGGUGGAGCCCUUGAUGGGCGUCUGGCAGGGAGCAGCAGCAGCCUGAACAGCGUGGGCAGCUUGUCCACCUUGCUGGACGACUCUCCGUCCGUCCUCACAGAAUCCGGCGACCCGCACGCUCAUCCGCUCGCGCGUUCACACCACUGUGCAGAGACGCGGUCCCAUCUCCUCCACCAAUCAGAAGAUAGGAUGGCCGCUCAUCCCAACCAAUCAGAGCACGGCUUACUGCAGCAGAGAGGAAGCAGCCCAUUGGCCGUGCCGACGAGAGAGAGGUGGGGGCGGGUGGCGGGGACGGGCUCUGUGGCAUCCUCGUGUGAGAGCGAGAGCUGGCAGCUCGUGUCAGACUCUGGCAGCCUGAGGGGUCCGGCGCGGGGGAUGGGCAGAGACUCGCCUUUCCCUCACCAGCUGCCGGGCCCGUCGCCGCGCCAGGUGCGCCUGGAGGAGGUGCGCUCGGUGUUCUUGGCGGCGUACAGCCUCACCGUGGGGCUGCGCUCACCACCAGGGCCCCCCACGCCCUCCCUCACCGGCCUCCUGGAGCACCUCGUCCGCGGCCUGCGCACCUGAGACUCGCUCGCUCGCUCACCUCACUCACCAAGGACUCACUCACCAGGGACUCACUAACCAGGGACUCACUAACUCACCUCACUCACCAGGGACUCACUCACCUGACUCACCAGGGACUCACUCACCUGACUCACCAGGGACUUUGCUGACUUACUCACCUGACUCACCAGGGACUCACUAACUCACUUCACUCACCAAGGACUUUGCUCACUUCCUCACCUCACCCACCAGGGACUCACUCACUCACGUGACUCACCAGGGACUCGGAGACCUCCACUUAGUAACAAACAUAAGAACACUUUCCAGGGACUCGCUCACAUAUGAAUAAGGCGCCUGAUAACUCACUCACACACUCUUCUGGGACCGCACACGUACACGGUAACACGUCGCACAACACACACGCACCUGAGAACACACACAGUGAUACACACCCCUAGGCGGGCACGCACGCCAUCUGGGAACACACUCACACACACUCACACACUCACUCACUCACAUGCUCACACACACACAAACACUCACAUGCUCACACACACGCUCUCACCCUUGCUCACUCGCACACAUACGCUCGCACACUAACACACAUACACGCUCACGCGCUCAUACGCGCUGACACAUGCUCACACAUGCUCACUCAACAACAACCGCCAUUCGCCACUAAGUGGCGGUGACGUCACCACGGGGCUUGUGCCAGGCUACGUGCACCUUGAGGCCACGUGAAGUGUUGAACGCCCGUUGGCAGGUCACGGGACAGAACGAGGUGCCACGGGUUAACUGACUGAAAUGAGUGGCCGAUGCACCACCUGUGCCCCCUCCUGCGCCAACAACGAGUGGAGUGCCACCCGGCACUCCGCUCGUUGCUGUGAGUGACUGCCUCCAACUGCCCAGCAGCGUCCUUCACGAGCCUCCUCCACAGAGGCCGAUCUUGACACCGCUGGUACCAGUCAUCGGCAAGUCCACUCAGCUCCACGUCCUCCUGUACCACAUCACUCCAUCUCUUCUCUAGCCUGUGUCGCGUCCGUUUAGCCCCCUCGAUCCGGCCUAACAAAAGCUGUUUAGGUAUGCGGCGGCUGGGCUACAUGACCCAGCCAACGCAGCCUUGCCUGCCGGAGCUCAUCGAUGGGACUUUGCCCAGAUCUUUCAAGGAUUUGUGAGCUCACACAAUCCAGCCUGGUUAAACCCAGGAUGGAUGGUAGGCAGGCCAGCCUAAAUGUUUACAACCGGCGAAGAUGCUCCAUUAGGGGGGUCCACGUUUCGCAAGCGUAGAGAAGGGAGGGAAUGACUGGCCGAGAAGACCUGAAGCUUCGUGCGGAGCGGCAGACCAGGUAGCUUCCAUGCAGCGUUACUGCAACCUAUGAAAGGAUAAUGCCGUUCGACUAAUUCGUAGUGAGACCUCUGCUGUUAAACCGGAGCCGGUCUUGAGCACACUGCCCAGGUAUGGGAAACUCUCCACUCUCUCCACAACUGCCCCAUCAUUCGCACACACAUCUGAGAGCGCUCUCCUGCACAUCCCCGGCCAUGGCAGGAACGCACCUGGACAUUCAUAGGAACAAACUUGUGCCCUCAACUGUCUUCACACCUGUACACACCUUUACAUGCUGGCACACGCACACGUGCUCGUCCUGUAAAUAUAUAAAUAAAUGCAUCGCAGGUGCGUGCGCUCAAAGCCGCAGUGUCUGCGUGCGCGGCC